AUGUCUCGUGUUGCUUUGGCGGCUCUUCUCUCUCUCACUGUGGUGCUUCUGAGCCGUCAAGUGCACCGCCGAGUCAAGCGGCAGAGACUCCAGGCAGGCGCCGUAGCCCUCAUCACGGGCGGUGGCUCCGGGUUGGGACUGGAGCUGGCCAAGAUCUUUUCUGCUGCUCACUGUGAGAUUGUUCUGGUGGGCCGCAAUGAGACGGCGCUGAAGACAGCCGUGCAGGCAUGUAGGGAGGCUGGCGCACCGCGGGUCGAGUACAUCCAAGCAGACAUCAGCAAGGCGGAGGGCACCGCUCGCGUUCGCAGCGAGUACGCUCACCUCUACAACACCAAGGAUGGGAGCACGAGGCCCCUUCUCAAAUACCUGGUGCUUAACGCCGGCGCAGGCGCCAUCGCCCCCUUCACGGCGGAGCCUGCCUUUGAAGAAAUAUGCCACGACAUGAUGAACAUCAACUACUUCGCGAAUGUCCGGCUGCUGCAGGCCUUCCUUCCGCAGCUCACCCAGAAUCACUCGUCCAGCUCGCCCAGUCGCAUCGUCGUCAUGUCCUCUCUUGCAGGCGUGUUGCCGUCCAUCCUGCGGAGCGCGUAUACGGCGUCGAAGCACGCCAUUCAGGGCUUUAUGAACGCUCUGCGCGGUGAGACAACAGUGCACAUCACCCUCUGCUGCCCCGGAUACGUGGAUACAGACUUCCACUCUCGUGUGCUGACAAACGAUGGCAAGCCCCUCGGUGGCAAUCAACGCCGCGGCGUCUCACCCGCUGCGUGCGCACGUCAGUGCAUGGACUGCGUCUUGUGCGACGAUGCUGAGGUCAUCAUGACGAUAGCAGGGAAACUCGCCUAUCACCUGCGACCUUUCCUGACGAGAAUCGUAGACCUGCUGGUGAAGCGCAAGAGCCUCAAGUCACUGGAGCACGACUAA